AUGACCUCAGAGGAUCACCACCACUCAGCAACGAAACACACCAACUCUAGGAAGAGUCUCGAAUGUCAGCAGCACUCAACCGAAAAGCACAAUCAUGCCCUGAAUACGUGUACUUCUUCAAAAUUGGCCAAUAAUGCAUUAUUCAAACAAGCUUUUUGCGACGACGAUGAUGAUGAUGAUGUACUCCGAAAUAUUCUAAAUGAAACAUCAUCGGAAUCAUCCAAAGAUUUUCUUUCAAAGAUUACUCGGAAUUGGAUUUUAUCCACCACAUGUACAGCAAUUUUACCCUAUGCGGUUACAAUUCAAUUUUCAAUGAUGUUCCUUUUUAGUUUGAAAUAUCUGAGUUGGAUAUCAAGCCUAAUACUUUUCAGCACCUUUGUUCUUGGACUUCCAAUACUUUUCAAAUAUAGAUCAAUCACUAGCGGAGACAACACAGUGCCAACGGAAGAGAUUUACAAACAGGAGAAAACUUUCAUCAAGAUAGCACUGGUGCUCUUUAUCAUUAGGUUCAUUCUCUUACGGCAACACAAAAUUCUCUUGAUUCCUUACUUUUUCUUGUUUGUAAUGCAAACAACCAAGUUCACAAGACAUAGUGUGAAAUGGUCGCUUGUCCCAACUUAUAUUGCAUGUGUGCUUUUCGUGUUGGAUUUUAUUUGUAACAUUUGUUGGCAAGGUUGGCAUGACAAUACGAUACGAGUUUUGACGGAGGAUGUGUCACUCAUCAUGGCAACUUUUCUUUUUGGAUUUUCAACAAUAACAACAGGUAUAGAUCUGAGAAGCAAAGUCAGGUCACUAGAACAAACAAGCAAACAAUUGGAAGAAGCUUUAAAUACGAAACAAACAUUUUUGAGACACAUUAGUCAUGAAUUUCGAACUCCAUGUCUUUCUUCAUUGGGAAGUGUUGAAUUGUUGAAAGAGACCUCUCUCACGGAUUAUCAGAGAGAUUUAGUGGAGACAAUUGCAUCAGCAGAUGGAAUUUUAUUGAACCUCAUUGAAGACAUUUUAACUUUGGCGAAAAUUGAACAUGAAAAAAAGUUGGAAGAAAAAGAAGAAAUUGUGGACACUUCGAAAUAUGUUCAAGAAUUUAGUUUGGGACAUUGUGUGAAAAUGAUUGGAAAUAUUAUUAAGAGUUAUUCAACACAAUUUAAUGUGAAUGUUUUGGUCAAGAUUGAUGAUGUGACCAAAGAUAUUGUAGUUCGAGCCAAUCAAACAAGAAUUCAUCAAAUUAUUUCAAAUUUAAUGACCAAUGCAGUGAAAGCAUCAAAAUCAGGAGAUGAUGUUGAAUUGAUUUGUGAAACGAAUUGCAAUGAAAAGAAAUUGGUGAAUGGAGUGAUGGAACAAGAUGUCAUUUUCAAAGUGAAAGAUCGAGGUGUUGGAAUUCCAAAAGAGAAACAACAAGUCAUCUUUGAACCCUUCUCUCAAUUACACAAUGUCAAUGAAUCGAUUUAUCCAAGCUCAGGACUUGGAUUGAACACUGUCUUGCACAAUGUCACUUCCAUGAGAGGAACCAUUCAUUUGGAAUCUGAGGUUGGAAAAGAGGACAGAGUUAGAAGUAGAUUGUUCCCUAAAAAACAACUCUCUGCUCAAGCGAAUUAUUUGAAAUUGUUUGCAUCUGCUGAACAAACCAUUUCUUCCAAAAGUAAUGCGAAGAUCAUUGUUGCAGAUGACAAUGCCAUCAAUAGGAAGGUCAUCGUGAAACUCAUUGAGAGUUUAGGAUUUGAUGCAGAUGCCGUAUGUGAUGGAAAACAACUCAUUGAGCAUAUUGAUGGAAAAAGGCAUAAAUUGGUCAUUACGGAUAUUAAUAUGCCAAAUCUUAAUGGAAUUGAAGCUACACGAAUUAUAAGAGAGAGAUUUAAGGACAAGAUCAAAGUGGUGGCAUUGACGGGAGAUGCUCUUGCCUGCACUCCACAAUCCUUACCACCCUCUUUGUUCGACUCAGUCAUCGUCAAGCCCUGCCACAAAGCAACUUUAAAACAAUGCAUCGAUUCAAUUUCAUUUGAGGAUUAG